UUUUCUUAAUACACGAUAAAUUAAUUGUAGUGCUAUCAAUUUAAUUAAAAUAGAGUACCCUAAUUAAAUAUGGGACGAAGAAAAUCUAAGAGAAAACCUCCACCUAAACGCAAGAACAUCGAACCACUGGAUCAGCAGUUUAAUUGUCCAUUUUGUAAUCACGAAAAGUCAUGCGAAGUAAAAAUGGACAAGGGCCGGAAUACCGCUAAAAUAACAUGUCGCGUUUGUCUAGAGGACUUUCAAACUGGAAUUAACUUUUUGUCAGAACCCAUCGACGUAUAUAAUGAUUGGGUUGAUGCAUGUGAAACUGCGAAUUGAACCUAGUAUAUAUUUUAUAAAUAUGGUUUUUACUUUUACAAAUUCAUUUUGAUACUUAAAUUUGUUUCAUUGUA